AUGCAGCCCCCAUCUCGUUACAAUGCACUUCCAGAGGACUCGCCGCUUCAUGAUGGUAAUGCCACACGACCUGGCGACCACUUCAAUGUCCUCUUCUCGUGUCCGCGGACUCUCGAUCCUCCCAUCGACACACCUGGAGAGAUCCUUCACACCUAUCUGCUCGGUGAGACGAAGUAUGUCUGGCACAAAACAACGAGUGAAUGGGACAAGAAGAAGGACAGCACAUUCGCAAUUAGACUUCGAGCGUCAUCCGUAGAUGGUCUGCUUCUCUCGCCUGUUCGAAGUGACUACAUCGUGCAGUACAAAAACUCUCUGGUCGGAAGACAUUUCAAGAUCCUGCAGCAAGUUGGUGCCUUUCAUCUGUAUGGCGGUAUGUGCCCAGAUCUUGUUCUUGAUCUUUGGAAGGCAAGUGGAGAGCUCGGCGCAAUGCUCUGGUACCAUAGCAUAUGUAACAUGGAAGAGUAUUUGGCUGACCUCGAAAUACUCAUCGCCAAUGUCCUCGACAUUUGGGCGCUGAUCGAUCCAAACCGCAUCCUUAUGAAAACGAAGCUCCAUGUGUUGCCGCAUCUUAUCAAAGACAUUCGACGCUUUGGACCUGCAGUCCUCUACUCGACAGAGAUCUUCGAGUGCUGGAACGCAAUCUUUCGAUUCUGCAGCAUUCUCUCAAACCACCAAGCACCAAGCCGUGACAUCGCUAUCACUCUAGCCGGUAUGGAGCGGUUCAAGCAUCAGGUCAGCGGCGGAUGGUGGCGCGAUACAGAUGGCCAAUACAUCCGCGCCGGAGAAAAGGUGUGUAGUUUCUUACAGUUGAAUCCAGCCUUGCAGCGUCGACUUGGAUGGGUCCAUCCGGAGAUGAUGGUUGCUGGCACAGUCAAGCUAGAAUCAGAGGCCAAAUGGGCUUCCUCAACUUGGUGUGACAUUUCCGGAACACCUGGAAUCCUCCUGCCACCCGGCAUCAAUAUCCCUUCUGCUGAUGGCCAGGACCACGAGAGCGAUGAGACAAGGCUCUGGAGUCACUGCCGUUACCUCGUAUCACAAUCCAAGGAUAUAUGUAAAGCAGGGUCUUGGGUGUUUUAUCGAGAACUCCCUUCCAAUUCCAUUGCUGCGGGGAGAAUUUGGAAAAUCGUUACCCCCACGGUCGGUCACUCUCCCGUGGUGAUCAUCGAACCAUUCAACAUUUCCGGCGAACGUGAUCCCUUCCUGGGCAUGCCAGUUCUGACGCGUGGUGAUGAUGCUCCAUGUUUAGUCACACCGAAGGCAAGUGCUUUGCUGUCUAGCCAUUAUUAUAACUACUGA